AUGCCCACUUUCGCUCCCCAUUCCCCAGCGCGGGUGAUGGACGGUGGGUCUCUCCCCGAGACUCCGACCUUGCCGCUCAAACCAACGCGCAAGCAAGUCUCCCGGGCCUGCGAUUGGUGUCGUGCCAAAAGAAUCAAGUGCGAUAAUGGCCGGCCUUGCAGGGCCUGUCUGCAGAAGGGGGCGGAUUGCACCCACAAGGGGACUGACGAGCCAAGGACUCUGCCCCAGGCGCUCAGGGAAAUUGAAAAGUUACAGCGCAGAGUGAAGGACUUGGAGUUCGAGCUCGAGGGCUACAGGUCUCAGCGAGUGUCUAUCCCGACUCCAGCCCCAACCUCAAGCAAGUCCAGUCCAGACUCAUGGCGCAGGACCGGCCAGGAUAGUUCAUCCUCGUCGCCGCCUGAUUCGCCCAACUAUCAAUGGGAGGGGAUACAGGUCGCGACGGCCAGAUCAGACCAGACUUCCUACUAUGGCCCGUCUUCAGGUGUCUACUUUGUCAGUCGGAUUGGAUCGUACCUCUCUACCAUGUUUGGGGUCCUCUGCGCCGACCGGAGUAUCCAACCCCGUGGUGCGAGCAGGAACUUGGCAAUUGCCAGCGCGAAUGAGUCAAGUGAAAGGGAUAGUGAUGCUGCUAAUGCCGGGGAUGGGUUCUCGCCGAUGAACAGAACGCAGGAAGAGUACUUCCUCAAUCUAUUCUGGGAGUGGUCUCACUGCUUUCUUCCUGUCGUGGACGAGACAUGGCUCCGGUCCCAUUAUGCAUCGUUGUGGGAAACCGGAAGUGCAUACCGUAAAAACUCACCUCUUGUGGACAUCAUCCUCGCGCUGUGCCUGCAGCACGGAUACACUUUCAUGGCUAGGGACACCUCGAACGCUUCAGGUCAAAACGACGCCACCAUUGCCGGCAGAUGGUACUAUCGCCGGUCCCAGUCCCUCCUCACCGCCGACCUGGAGAGCCCUACGAUCAUCUCGGUCCAGUGUCACAUCUUCACAGUGAUCUAUCUCUGCGCGGCAUCGUUCGCCAACAUGUGCCACGUCGUGCUCGCGCAGGCGAUCCGAACCGCCCAUAUCCUCGGCCUACACCUUGAGCCAUCGAGUGAUCUGCCCCGGGGAGAAAGGGAGUUGCGCAAGAGGAUCUGGUGGGUUCUCUACACGAGCGAACUGAAGUCGGCGGCCAAACUGGGGCGUCCCACCAUGAUUCAGCCCUCGCAGUUCACCGUAUCAUUCCCCUCCGACGAUAUCGAGGUUGCUUCUUACAAUGGGGCGACCCUUGGUUCAUACGAUCUCGAUGUCACUUGGCUCACAUACACCAUCCAGCACGAGAAGCUCGUCCUCAGCAUGCACGAAGUAGCGGAAGCCACCUACCCCAAGUUCGGGGAAGUCUCAUCACACGGGUCACUAUACCAGGACCCCCGGGGCCUAGAAAGCUGCGCCGAGGUCCUGGCCUCCAACCUCCCCUCCCUAAGGGCGUGGAUAGCCCAACUGCCCCCCGGGAUGAAGACGCUCCGCCGCAACGGCGGCGAGCCCUUCUCGACCGACCGCUCCCCGCUGGUGAUCGAGGACCUCGCCCCCGUGUGGCUCCAGCGCCAGCGCGUCUGCCUCGAGCUCAUGUACCACACCUUCACCCUCAACCUCUGCCGGCCCUUCAUCUCCUUCACCUCCCACGCGACGACCUACGCGCCCAUCUCGGAGCGCCACGCCAUGACGGCCGUCAACCACGCCAUCGCCUACACCCUCAUCACCCACCAGGUCACGAUGGAGACGGACCUCUUCAGCGGCUGGUCCGAGUACUUCAUGUGGCAGUGGAACGCCGCCAUCACCAUCAUCGGCUUCAUCCUCGCCAACCCCAUCCACCCGUCCAACCCGAAGGCGCGCCAGGCCCUCGAGCUCGCCAUCGCCAUCUUCGACGGGUACGGCGCCAACUUCCCCGUCGCCGCGAGCGCGGCCAAGAUCAUGCGCGCCCUGCUGGGCAAGGCGGACCUCCUCGCCGAGCGGCUGAGGACGGGGGUGGCGAUGUCGUGCGACGCGAACAAGUGCCUGGACGAUGGGCAGGGAGGAGGGGAGGACGAGAUGGGGUGGUUGGAUUCGAGCAGCGGCCAGCAGAUGGACCCAAACUACUUUUCGCAGUUUAUGGACUGGGCGCUGUCGGUUGACUCGUUUAACAGCUUUGAGAAGUUUUUUGAUGCGAGCAAUCCUGCUGAUCCCUGGGCGUUUGGUCAGCAGUAA